UAAACAAUCGAUUUUAAUUUAAAUCUUGUGCGAUUUAAAAUGACUAGAAAUGCUUUAAAUUUACUUUAAAAUCACUAACAGUAUUGGUAAUUGUUGAUUGAUUAAAUUACACUGAGGAUUUCUCAAAGAAUAAAAUAUUAAAAUUAGUGUUCAAGUUAAAACAAUUUUAUCGCUUUUGGAAAGAAAUGCUACAUGCUUACUUACCGACUGAUUGAUAUUGUUUCCAUGCAGUAGCGUGACUAUCGUCCAUACUCCAUCUUAUCUUUUCUUUAUAACGAAACGUCUAUAUUAUUCGUAAUCCGCGUCCCGCAGCGUUGGCUUGGUGUUUAGUUCAUGGUUGGCGUGGCAUGGUUGAACCGUACGUGAAUGGCGAUGUUAAAAUAGUGUUGGCGUAUUUUUAAUUUUAACACGUGUUCUGAAUUCAUUUAAAAGUAAUGAAAAUGGUCGAAUCGAAAGUUGAGUAUUUGAUCGUUGAUACGAGUGCAUUUAUAAAAAAUGCUCCUUUAAAGGACGUUGCUAACAAAAUUGUUACAGAAUCAAGCGUUCUCAAUGAAAUAAAAAGUAGAAGGCAACUUAAAAGAUUGAUUGUAUUUCCUUGUCAAGUUGAUGAAAUUGAGGUUAAAGAAGCUUUCCCUGAAGAUAUUGCAUUUGUAACUGAAUUUUCAAAGAAAACUGGUGAUUACCCAAGUCUUUCAUCAACUGAUAUAAAAGUCAUUGCACUUACUUUACGUUAUGAAAGAGAAAAGGUUGGAACAGAUCAUUUGAGGAAAGAACCAAGUAUAAAGAAAAAAGUAGUUGACAGUAGUACACAUAGUCUUGAUGAUCAAGCUAAAAAUUUAGCUGGAUUUUAUAUGCCUAAAAGAAAUAAAUUUGAGGAAAUCUUUGAUGAUGAAGAAGUUGAUGAGGAAAACACAGAUAAUAAAGAAGUUGAUGAAAAUACAAAAUUAGAAGAAAAAAGUAAUAAUAGUGAUAAUAGUAAAGAACAGAAAAAAGUUAAUGAGUGCUCUAACUUUUCUACUGAAUACUGUCAACAGUUAGUAACUGUUAAUGAUGCAAAUGAGGAAAGUAAAUCAGAAUCUGAUUAUGACACUACAUCAGACAAUGAAAAGGAAAAAGUUAAUGAUUUAAAUAAAAAGUUUGAAACACUAAAUUGUGACCCUACAGAACUAGAAGUUGAUUGUGAAGGAGAUUAUACAGUUGAUGAUAUUUUGAAGCCUAUCAAAAAUAAUUCUAACAAAGUAGGUGAAGGUAUUAACAAUGAAAAAACUCGAGAAAAUGAUGAGAAGUGUGGAGAAGAUUAUGAUGAUGAUGAUGAUGGUGAUGAUGAUGAUGAUGACAGUGGCUGGAUAACUCCAAGUAAUAUAAAAGAUGUAAAGGUAAAAAUAGAUUCUGGAUUGAUCAAAGCAAAACCAGCUACUGUAGCAUGUUUAACUAUGGAUUAUGCUAUGCAAAAUGUAAUGAUGCAUAUGGGUUUAAAUAUAUCUUCACUAGAAGGAAAAGUCAUUAAACAAAUGAGAACAUUUAUUUUGAGAUGUUACACUUGUUUCAAAACUACUGGGAUUAUGACCAAAAUUUUCUGCCCACAUUGUGGUUAUAAAACUUUGAAAAAAGUGGCAGUUUCAUUAGAUGAUGAUGGAAACCAGAUUAUACAUAUUAAUUACAAAAAGCCACUUACAUCUAAAGGAAAAAAGUUUUCUCUGCCCACAUUUAAGGGUGGUAAACACGCCUGUAAUCCCAUAUUAUUUGAAGAUCAGCCUUUACCUGAUCAACGACCUACUAAACUUGGUCGAGCUAUAAAUGAUCCUCUCAAUGAGGAUUACCUUGCUAGUUACUCACCAUUCCUUAAGAGAGAUGUUAAUUCAAGAGCUGCAAUGCUUGGUAUCAAAUCAAAUGCUCCUAUGAAAUAUUGGAUGAGGAAAAAUCCAAAUGAAGCUCAGAAACAUAGAAAAUAAUUUCAAUUAUAUUAAUGUUUUUAUUAUAUUUUUACGUUAAUUAUCUUAAACUUCUAUAGAAUCAUAUUUUCUAAUCAAUAGUUAUAGUUGUAAAUAUUGAAGUGACUAGUAGUAUAUUGAACUUCAUACAGCUCAUUUUCAUAUUUGUGAAUUGCAUAUCAUCGUUAUCAUUUAUGCAACAAGUAACUGUAAAUAAAUUUUUGGAAAAAUUACAUUUUUAUUGACUACUUAAUUCACAAUUGAUCGAUUAAAACUAUAAUAGAUGAAAUAUAUGUUACUGAUUGAUGAUACCACUUUUAAUAAUUAGGUGCAACAAGAAUUGCAAAGAUGUGUUCAAGUAUAAUCGUUUUGACGAGUGAGAAAUAAAACAUAUUUUUUAUAUAAACCAUUUGAUAGAUUAAUCAUUUUAAAAAGAUAAUGGUACAGA